AUGAAACCAACGGUGACUAAUAAAGAUACAGUUAUUCCUUUGGAAGAAAGAUCCACUAUCGUCAAUGAUCCAGUUGUAACACAAGAAACGCCAGAUGAACAAGUAGCGAUGAAUGUAGCAGAAGUUGACACCAGAAAUCCAGCUGCAGCUUUAAAUAAAGUUGCAAAAUCACUUCCAAUGAUGACUAUGGGUGCACUUCUUGGACUUAUUAUUAUACCGAUUCUACAAUUGUAUAUUGGUUGGGAAUAUGCCGAUGCAUGUCCAGUCAAUCCAAAGAUACCAAAAUAUCUUUUCGUUGCUGGAACUGUUGGAAUUGUUUCUGUUAUAUUAAAUCAACUUCGAGUUUAUUUAGCGGCAAAAAGUGCACAACCAUCGGUAGACAUAACCGAUCGUAAGACUACUAUUACUGCAGCUACGGGCACAAAUAGUCCAUUGAACUCCGUUAUCACGACUAUUACCUAUGCUCUCAAUAUCUUCAUGGUUGUUUGGUUUAUUUUUGGAUGUAUAUGGAUAUUUCGUGUAUGGAAUGAUGUCAAAUAUCGUCCACGAAAUCAUCCUCAUUUUUGUCAGGCAUUAGUCUAUCGAUUUGCUUAUAUAUCGGCUUCUUUUAAUUCCAAUUUUGUGAUUCUCGAACGUUUCAAUGAUCGAAGUGCAGACCCCAAUAGUCUUCCAGAAGUUGUUACAUUAGCAGCAGAAGGGCUCAUCACUGAAGCAAAGAAGAACAGUGUACAAAAGCAGGGUGAAUGGAUGGCUGAACAACUUCUCAAAGUGAAAAAUGGAACUCGUAAUGAAGUGUGGGAAUGUUGCGCUCGUCUUUACUGUAUGGAAUCGUUUCUCUACCAUAAACUGAACGAAUGCAUGCGACUUGUAAGCGAUCCACAGAAAGAGCAAAUAUGGAAGAGCAAAGUGGAUACAUUAGGUCCAUUCGCUCGUCUUCUCCAUCGGCUGAAAUGGGCUCCACUUCAACAGAAUACGUUUACAGUCUAUAGAGGAGCACUUUUGUCUAAAGAAGCAAUCGAGCAAUAUCUUCAGAAAGCAUUGGAUGGUCAAAUUAGAAUUAAAUUCCCUUCAUUUACGUCGACAAGUCGCAAUCAAGCCAAAGCGGAAAUAUAUGGAAAUAUGCUGUUUGAAAUCACAGUAAGAGAUCAAGACGGCUUUGAUGUAGUACCCUAUUCUAACUUUGAUGAAGAAGAAUAUUUACUUCAUCCCGAUCUUCAUCUCGAUGUUAUCUCCUGUAUCCAUGACAAUAACAGUGGAAAAUGGGUGGUACAUCUCGUAGCUGCGGGCUCCAGUCAACCAAUUGAGACUGAAUCAUCUUCAUAA